UUAAAAAGUAAGGAGAAGUAUAGAAUAUAUGUGUAAUGCAAUUAUUUAAGUUAAAAAUUCUGUUAUGUUAUUCAUUUUUGAAAUUUCAGAUAUGCCUCGUGCAAAUACUACAGGGCCAAAGAUGUAUACAUGUUUAACCUGUCCUAGGAGAACACGUCUGAAGGACAGAUAUUCUAUUCCAAGGAAGAUCAAGUCCUUAGUUAUCAAAUGCACGGGUAAGACGCCAGGUGGAAAGGAUUCCAUUUGCAGCAGAUGUCGUUUUAGGUUCAAGUGCAGUCUCCAAAGAAAGGAUAAGGUACCGGUGAUAAACCAGACAGCAACAUCCUCUGCACAGCCUGAUAUCUCCAGCCCUCCCUCAGUGAUGCUCCUCUUUUCUUCCACUCUUCGAGGCCACUCAGCAUGCUGCCUUUGUAAAAGACCUGGUCCUAAACCUGUUGUUGUACCAGUUGAGAUGAGACACAGGCUUUUCUUGUCACAUGAAGUCAUAAUACCAGCUGGAUCUAGAUGCUGCCCAAAUCAUUUACAGAAGAACAUUGAGGAUGUGAGUCUUAUUUCAGCAACUACAACCUUGAACAGAUACUCAAUCACUCAGAUGAUAAGAUUUCUACGAUCAGAAGUAUUGAGAAGUGAGAAGAUAAGACUUGACUUCGAAAAACACAGUCAGCUUUCAGACAUUGAUUAUCUUGAUCUGCUUGGGAUUUCAAAGGCUGCAUUUGAUGACAUGUUGACUUUAGACUAA